GGUUUGUGAAAUUGAACCUGGAGGCUUCAAAUGAUCAGAGAGCAGCGUUAGAAAAUCAUUCAGCAACAACUCUUCACACAGAGAGCGAGUGACAGAAACGGCAACGAUGGAGCGACUCUGUUUCCUUUUGUGUCUGAUAUGUGUGUCCUCAACACUGGCCCAGAUUGAUCCCAGGGGAGGUCGUCCAGUGGAGCACGGCACCAGAAGUGAAAAAUGUGCCACUGAGAAGGAAUGGCCUUUCUGCACAGACGUUGAAUGGGGCCCUAAAUGUCCAUCAGGCUGCAGGAUCCAGGGUCUGAUGGAGAAAUACGAUCACAAUAUGCUGAAGAAGAUUGAGAAAAUCCGCAGCCUGCUGGAUCAAAACAAGGCCAAACAUCGCUCCGCUGAUACGGUGUCGAAACAGACCUACGACUACUUGAAAGAAAAGCUAACCACUGACGCUGGCAGCGACAACAACUACUUUGACUUGGCCCAGACUCUUCGUCAGAGGAUCACAGACAUGAAGAUUAAAAUCGACAGACAGGUGACUGUCCUGGCAGCCCUGAGGGAUCGGGUCAAAGACCAGGUCAUAGAGAUGCAGAGACUGGAGGUGGAUAUUGAUAUUAAGCUUCGUUCCUGCAAAGGAUCCUGUGCAGGCUAUUCUGAGUACCAGGUGGACAAGGAAAGCUAUGUCACCUUGAGUAAACAGGUCCAGCAGUUAGACUCCCAGGCACCCCAGAAUGUCGAGACUGUGGGGACGCUGCAUGUGAUGAAGAGCAGGCCGCUAAGGGACAUGGUUGUGGACAGUGUCUUCAAAUCCAGGGACGCUGAAGGAGCAGCAGGACAGCAGACUGCAGACAUGUUCCCUGAUGUGAGGACUGUCCAUUUGGUCCUGGAAGAGGAAGGCUCUAGCUCAUCCCCAGCAACUGUUUCCAAGGUCCCAGGUACUUCCUUCUCUUCGUCUACAUCCUCAUCCUCCUCAUCCUCCUCAUCUUCAUCAUCCGCUUCUUCCACAUCAUCUAAAGCUAUCACUGAGAUUAGAGGACGUGGUGACGCGGACACGUUUGGUUUCGGUGGAGGGUCGCAAAGCCUCGGCCAACCCAGUACAAGUCAUGUGUCCACCAAAACCAUCACCUGCACCAAGAGAACCCGAACAACUGUGGUUCAUACAAGCGAUGGGCCAGUGGAAAGGACGGAGGAGGUAAUAGAAGGAGGACCCGGAUGCCAGGUGACAGGAGACUUCACCAAGGGUGGGAUAAGCUCCUUGUUCCCCUCUCUCAGCCAUACAUCUUCAUCCUCUUCUACUGGCUCCACCAAGACCGUACAUCUCAGCAGCACUAAGGGCAGCGUCUCUGGAAAUACCAAAACUGGGUUUAGCGAUCCAUUCGAUUCUGAUGUCGGGAUCGACCUUGGCGCGUUUCUGACUGACAAUACAGAAGAUGAUGUUCCUGAUUUUCACGCCAGGAGUGUGAAGGCCGCAUUACGAGUCGAACGCCAGGCGGAUUAUGUAGGAAAAGAUUGUGUCGAAAUCUACCAGAACCAUCUGAAUGGGGAAACAAAUGGCCUAUUUAAGAUCAAACCUGGCGGCACCGACUCUGAGGCAGUAGUGGAUGUUUACUGCCAGCAGGAGGGUAUUAUGGGAGGGUGGUUGUUAGUCCAGCAGCGAGAGAGUGGUGCACUCAGCUUCAACCGCAGCUGGGUUGAAUACCGCAAUGGGUUUGGAUCAGUGGACAGUCAGGGAAAAGGCGAGUUUUGGUUAGGCAACCAGAACCUCCACUUGCUAACUAAUGAAAGUGAGACAAUGCUGAAAGUUGAACUGGAGGACUGGGAAGGUGCUGUAGCCAGUGCAGAGUACACUAUACGGGUAGGAUCAGAGGAGGAGGGGUACCCACUGCAUGUCUCCACAUACAGCGGGGAUGCUGGGGAUGCUCUAUUAAUGCCAAAAGCAUCUGAUUUAUCCCACAAUGGGAUGAAAUUUGGCACCUUCGACAAAGAUAACGAUAGAUCGGAGCAUAAUUGUGCAGAGAUUUAUGGAGGUGGGUGGUGGUACAAUAACUGCCAGUCAGCUAAUUUAAACGGUAUUUAUUAUAAAGGUACAUAUGACCCCAAAACAAACAUCCCACAUGGAACUGAAAAUGGAGUUGUGUGGGUGACAUACAAACCAGCAAAUUACAGCCUGAAAACUGUUCGGAUGUUUAUCCGACCAACUGCUUUUUAACUUGAAAAAACAGGUAAAUAGAUAAAAACCAGAGGACAAAAACCAAAGGAAAAAAAAACAAUCAAUCUGUGCAAUAAGUACUUUCUGUUUGUGAGCAUGCUGUGUAAACAGUAUUGAUUCUUUUGUUAGCACUACCAGUCCAAUGUUCUUGCAGUGGCCCAAUGUUUUUCGUGUUUCUCAACCACUGAACUCUGCUCAAUCAAUAAAGACUCAGUGUUCACUUUA